AAAAUUAAGAAAUUUCAGAAAAGCAAAGAAAUCUCUCUCUCAGAUUUCUGCCCAAAAAAAGGCUGUGUUCGAUUACGCCACGCCUCAAAUCGUCUCCUUUCUAUCUAUUUCGUUUAUAUACACUUCCAAUUGGUUCAGGUUGUCUUUGGCUCUUGGAUCCGCUCAAUUUCUAGGGUUUUCGCGAACUUCUUGCUCCAAAAUCUUGAAUUUUGGCGUCCGUUAGGGUUUCUAUGAAGGAAGAGGUUUUGUGAUGUUUACACCGCAGAGGAAGGGUUGGGCUGGGUUGGGCUUGCAGGAGAACGGUUCGGUGGUGCGGGCGAACCCUAGGAGUUCGUUGGGAGGGGUUCUUGGUCGGGGAAAGGGUGUGGUUGGGGCGGAGGAAACUCCAGUGCCGCCGCCCAAGGGGUUGUUGGGGGACAAAGAUGGCGAACGGGCGGAUAUUGGUGUCGGUGGCAGUGGCUCUGAGGAUUGGAAGAGGUUUAGGGAGUCGGGGCUUCUGGAUGAGAAAGUGCAACUGAGGAGGGACAAAGAAGUGCUGACAGGGAGGGUUUCUGCGCUGGAGAUUGAGCGUGAUGAGUGCUUAUACAACAUGGGUCUUCUUCUUAUUGAAAAGAACGAGUGGUCCUCACAAAUUGAAGAAUUGAGACAAGCCUUGGCAGAAGCACAGGAAAUCUUGAAGAGAGAAGAGGCAGCACACAUUAUUGCUGUGUCAGAGUUGGAGAAGCGUGAAGACAAUUUGAAGAAAGCUUUGGGGAUUGAAAAACAAUGUGUGGUGGAUCUAGAAAAAGCAUUACGUGAGAUGCGUGCUGAAGUUUCGGAGACCAAGUUUAUAUCCGAGAAUAAAUUAGCUAAUGCACAUGCACUUGAGGCCAGCCUUGAAGAGAAACAAUUGCAGAUCGAAUCAAAAUUACAUGCUGCAGAUGCGAGGCUUGCAGAAGCAAAUCGGAAGAACUCUGAAUUGGACCGAAAAUUAGAGGAUCUUGAGGCUCGGGAACGGAAAGCGCAAAGGGAACUUUCUUCUUUACACACUGAGCGGAAAGCAUUUGAAAAUGAUCUCUCUAAACAGCGGGAUCAUUUACUGGAGUGGGAAAAGGAGCUGCAGGAAAAACAAAGAAGGCUUCUUGAUGAACAAAGACUUCUUAAUGAGAGGGAGGAGAGGGCAAAUGAUUUAGACCUGAUUCUCAAGAAGAAGGAAGUAGAGGUUGAAGAAGCAAGAAAAAAGAUUGAUGUCACUAGUAGUACUCUCAAAAGUCAAGAGGAUGAUUAUAAAGUAAGACUAAGGGCUCUGACUAUGAGAGAGAAGGGUGUUGAGAUUAAGAGUUCAAAUCUCGAGAAAAAAGAGAAAGACCUAAUGGAAGUAGAAGAAAAGCUUAAUGCUAGAGAAAGAGAAGAGAUUCAAAAGCUUUUGGAUGAGCACAAUGCAAUCUUGGAUGCCAAGAAACAAGAAUUUGAGUUGGAGAUGGCUAAGAAAAGAAGAUCCUUUAAUGAAGAGGUUAAAAACCAUAUGGAUAUGUUGGGCAAGGAUAAAAAUAUAGUCAGAUGCAAAGAGGAACAGCUUCUCAAAAGAGAAAAUGCGUUAGAGAUUGAAGCUGAUGAGUUAAAAAAUAAAGAAAAGGACAUCGACUCAAAAUCAAAAGCAUUGAAGGAGUGGGAGGACUCCCUAAAAACUGAUGAAAAAUUGUUGCAAGAACAAAGGAAGCAAGUACUCAAGGAUUUCAACGAGAUAGAAGCCUCUAGAGCUAAACUUCAUAAUGAGAAGAUAGCCAUUGAAGCCGAGGUUCAAAAAGUUAUCUUUGAGAAGGAAAAUCUCAAAUUAACGCAGGAAGAGAAAGAACAUCAUCUCAAGUUGCAAAAAGAGUUGAAGCUGGAGAAAGAUGAGUAUCAGAUGAUGAUGGAGUCCCUUGAAAAGCAAAAGGAGGCGUUGAGACAGGAGAGGGAGAUGUUUGAGAGGGACUGGGAGGUGCUGGAUGAGAAAAGGGUGGCGUUAGAAGCAGACUUAAAACAACUAUGUGCUGAAAGAGAGAAGCUUGAGAAAUGGAGACACACUGAAGAGGAGAGACUUAAACAUGAAGUCCUGGAGGCCAGAGCUUCCAUGCAUCGGGAGCUUGAAGAUCUCAGAUUGAAGAAAGAAACAUUUGAGAAGAUCAUUGCUCAAGAGCGAGCUGGGGCUCGUGCUGACAUUGACAGUGAACGAGCUGAUUUGUCUCGUGAGUUUGAACUGUUUAAGCAUGGGCUUGAGAUGACUGGGCAGAGAAAGCAGGAUGAUGCCGAGAAGAAGUUUCAAGAGAAGAAGAAUGAGUUUGAAAUGUGGAGGGAAGUGGAAUUAAGUCGAAUCAAAUCUUCAAUUGAGUCAAAUGAUCUAGAAUUUAGAAGGCUGGAGAUGCAACAAAAACAAUUGCUAAGGGACAAGGAACAGUUCUCAGAUCAGAGACGAAAAAUAGAAGCAGAUCGACAAGAAAUUCAAAAGGACAUUGACACUCUUCUUAGGUUAAGCAAGAAUUUGAAAGAUCAGCGAGAAGAAUUUGCAAAAGAGAGAGAGAAUUUUCUGUCUGCAGCUGAGCAAUGCAAGACCUGCCAUAACUGUGGUGUUCCAAUUAAUAACGUUGAUCAACUUGUUCUUCAGCCGCUAGGAGCUACUGUGGAUUCUGAAGAAGUUCUAUUGCCAAGCCUUACAGAUGGCUUUUUAGAAGAGCAUGCAAAAGGUGGAAGUCCGGAUUUGUCACAUGGGGGUCCUGUUGCUGGAUCAGCCAAUUCAGGUAGCCAGAUGAAACGCUGGUUUCAAAGAUGUGCUAGUCUGUUCAAGAUCUCCCCAAGAAAUAAUGUACAUUCACCCACUGAAGAUCACAAUGAAACUUCAUUUGGUGAGCGACUUGAUAAGGUUGCUUUUGAGGAUGCUGACUAUGAACCUGCACCGUCUGCCUCUUUUGAAAAUCAGAUGGCUCAUGUUGAUAGUGGAGAUGUGGUGACUGGAGAACUUGUCAGAGUAGAUAAUGCAGAAGAUGAUGCAGAAGCUUCUUUAGAUGGAGCCAAUAGCUCCAUGGAUAUUGUGAAGAUAGACUCUGAUGAUGGCUCACAAAAGACUGCGGCAGUUACGGAUGGCAUGAAUAAUGAAGUAGAAGGAUCUUCUAUGCAUGCUGAGAAGGAUUUAAAGCCGGAACCCUCUAAGCAGGGGCAGCGACAUCAGCCCAACAGGAGAGCAAAAUCGGCCAUUCGGCGAACCCGCUCUGUGAAAGCUGUUGUUGAAGAUGCCAAGGCUAUUCUCGGAGAAGUUUAUGAAACAAUGGUUGAUGAGAAACAAAAUGAUAAUGCUAAAGAUUCCCAAAACAUUCCUAAUGAGAACCCAGAGGCAUCAGUAAAGGCUGAUCGAGCAGUAACUGGUAAAAGGAAAAAAAGGCGUUUGAGGGAAGUGGAACCAGAGGAUAGUGAACCUCUUUCUGAGAGUGUAUCUAUUGGGGGACGCCCUAAAAGGCAGCAGACUUCUUCACGGCCAACUACCCCUGGAGAGAAGCGCUACAAUCUGAGACGCUCUACUGUUGCAAGUUCUGCUGCAACAUCUCAUGGAACAUCACAUCAGACUGGAGCAACCAAUGUUGGGAAACUUGAGCUGUUACAUGAAAGCAAUAUUGUUGAGGGUGGUCAACCAGUAAGCAAUAAGGGGGAAGGCGGCCAACAAGAAAGCAAUAUUGAACAAGCAAGCAAUAGGACAGAGUGUGGUCAACCGGUAAGCUAUAAGGUGGAGGGUAGUCGACCGGUGAGCAAUGAGGUGGAGGGUAGCCAACAAGAAAACAAUAUCUUUGAGGAUGGCCAACCAGAAAACAAUAUCACAGAGGGUGGUCUUGGUUCAGAAAGAAACUCUUUCCAUGAUCCACAGCCAUCUCGUUGGUUCGAAAACUCAGAAUAUGUGCUGCCCAAAGAUGCUGUUGACAGUGCUAUGGAAGUUCAAUCUGAAAAAAUUGUUCAGGUAACCAAGUAUAAAACCCAGGAAGUACAUGAUGAUAGUAUCAUUGUCAAGUCGGUCAAGUUCAUCGAGCAGAUUCAAGAUAGGAAGGAAGUAGAUGGAGAUAACGGCAUUACCGUCAAAUCGACCGAGUUCAUCGAGCAGAUUGCAGAAGAUGGUGAUGAAGUAGAUGGAGAUAUUGAUAUUCUCAACAAUUCAGCCGAGUUCAGCGAGCAGGUCGCAGAAGAUGGUGAUGAAGUAGAUGGAGAUGCAGCUACAGCUACUCCUUCAGAUUGGAGUUCUGAGGAUGAGGAUGAGUACUCUAAGAAGCACAAUGCUUCCAUAGGAAAAAAGCUAUGGACUUUCUUCACCACAUGAUGAUGAUAUGAAGCCUUUAUUCUCCAAGUGUAAUGAAAUAUCCUCAGUUUAUGACUUUGAUUUGUUUUUAACCCUCUCAGAAGGUUUUUUAUCCUACCUUGAGUAAGGUGUAUUGCUAGUACUAACUACUACUAUGUCUUUUUAUUUUCUUCAUUACAUGUUAAAUAGGCAUAUUGGUCUGAAGCAACAGACCUUCCAUUUGUCAAAAUGUACUGGUUUGUUGUUCUUGUUCCUCAGCUGUAGCUUUAGUUUUCUGAUCUAGGAAGCAUGAUUUGUGAGUAUAAAUUUACUAGUAUUCUGGAGGUUUAUGUAUCCAUUUAUCCCUCCAUCUUAUGAAAUAUUUUAUGGAGUCUUGUAACUCUAAAUAUUUUUUUAUUUGUGGCCA